UUGGGUGCUUGAAAUUUCUUCGAACUUUACUCAUUGUUCGGUGUGAAAAUCUUGAAAAUUUGUGCGAAGAUAUGCAAGGUCUUAGAAGUCUUCGGAAAUUGGUUAUUUAUGAAUGUAAUAGCUUGAUUUCUCUGCCACUAAGCAUAAAAUGCCUAACUACUCUAGAAGAAUUUUGUAUUAAUGGCUGUGAAAAGCUUGAUUUGAUGACAAUAGAAGAAAAGGAGGAAAAAGUUCAACCUCUUUCUCUUUCUCUUCGUAUUGUAAUAUUUGAAGAGUUACCAACAACUUUUGCUUUACCAGAACAACUUCUUCAAGGAUCUGCAGAAUCCUUACAAACAUUCAUCAUCAUAGAGUGUUCAAACAUUAGAGAAAUGCCAGAUUGCAUCGGCAAUUUAAAGAAACUUCAAAAUCUUGAGAUCAGUGAUUGUCCAAGUUUGAGCAAAAGGUGCCGAAGGGGAACAGGAGAAGAUUGGCCCAAGAUCAAACAUAUCCCUAAAAUCGAGGUUGACAGUGAUGACAGUGAUGAGGAGAAUACAGGUUCAAGUGGAACUCCAUCAGCAAGAGAAGAAGACAAGCUUUCAUUGGGGUUUCUGCUGACGGUUAUAAUACGGGGACUUCAAUUUUUUCGGUGUUGUUGCUGACAAUCUAGUUUGUUCAAAUAAAGAUGAAGAGUGUUUAAUUUGCUGGAGAUUAAUAUUCGUUCUCUGUGUGCUUUGCUCGUAGUUCCUGCUGGUGAUGUACUUGGCUUUUCAUUUGUUCAUAAUGGUUGCCAAUCAGUUCAUUUGCUGGUCAUGGAAUUUGCUCCCUCGUUGUUGAACUUAAUACAUCGUUGCUGGUGAUGUGAGGGUCCUGUCGGCCAAGAUCUUCUAUGACAGUUAGUCUCUUGGUUAUUGGAGGAUGUGAUAGCUUGAUUUCUUUGCCACGAAGCAUAAAAUACCUAACUACUUUGGAAGAAUUUUAUAUUAUUGAUUGUGAAAAGCUUGAUUUGAUGAUAAUAAAAGAAAAAAAUCAACCUCCUU